AUGUCUCGCGAAUUGACAACAGGAGCAGGCUCUGUAUCGAGCGUUACAUCUCGCCGUAUUGCGCGGUGGAUCGCCUCUGGCGAUGGCAUCAAGAUCGGCACCCUCGUUCGGCCGAGGGCUCUCGGCGUCGCAACCACGGUCCCGACGGAGGUGUAUGACCGGCUUAGUGCAGCUGGACAAGAGGCCCAGGUCUUGCACGUAUCGUCCGCGUCGCAUGCCGCGGCACUCGGAGAGCCAAAGUCCAACAUCGGGUACAGGCUAUUUAUCGAUAAUGUGCAUCUAGAGCUCGACUCUAUUAGCAAAGGGGGUGCAUCGUCUUAUAACGCGGAGAGUCUUUUCCGCAGAAACCUGGUUGUUUUCAUAGACCUUGACCCAAGGGGCUCGGCAGAAUGUGCCGCAGCCACUAUUGCCGCGCUUAUUUGGGCAUCGGAAACCCGCGCGGCCCCAGGUGGUCCUUUUACCACCACUAUAGUCGCUAUAGUCACAGAAGAUCCCGAUAAUGAUAUUAGGGAAAUUCUCAUGAAGGGUGCCCGACUGCUCAGAUGCCCGGCUAAAAUUACGUUUGUGCUGCCAACGCCCUCGGUGCCUAGCCAAGAGUCGGAGACCCUGGCGGCAGACCGGCUUCUGGCAAGGGUUCGGGACGAGCUCAACGCUGCGAGCCAGGCGUCCCGCGCCCAUCUUAUCGUCUGUUUCGAACCAGUCAUUGACCUGAGCGAUCUCACAGAUAUUCAUAUCGUCGAGAAUCUAGACUAUCACACGGCCAGCCGGGCCCUUUCUGCCUUCCAGUUCAUGGGUACAAGCCGUCAUCGCCUUAUCUGCGUGCCUCAGGGAUGGAGAUCCCCUGUGCGCAUCAUGGGUUUCGGCUCGGUCACGAUCGUGACGAGUCAGUAUGCCUAUACAGAUGUCGUAGAUACUAAGACGAGCCACGUCAUGCCCGUCGCAAGAUACAUAUCGGAAGCAGAGCUCCUUGACCAGGAAAGUCUGAGGUAUCAAGUGGACGACGUUCCCCCGAGCCUCAUCAAGGUAUAUAGGGUCGACGGCUAUAGGGCCCCCCAAGGCUACCGUCGCCCGGUUUCCGAGGCGUUGUCGACGCGCCUGCCCGGCGUCAUGGCUGCCCUAUCCCAGUUUCCGGUAGGGCACAUGCUGAUCCAGAAAUGCAUCAGUGUGGCAAUGACUAGGUCUCUGGCGGGCAUAAUGGCUGAUCGGGUUGCCAUGCUUGAGCAGAUGGGUAUCAUAAUGCCGGUCGACCGGGACGCGGAGGACGACGAGCCGAUGCUGCGCCCGGCUCUAACGGGCGAGGCUGGCGACGUUAUGAGAAUGCUGCUAUUCGAGUUUGGCUUCAAGGUCGAGCUGGCAUACCUGGUGGCUAUGCCGUCGACCGACGUAACCGUCCAGAUGCUCAAGCUCCAGCUGGCUUGCCUGCUUGACGCAGGCAUAGAUCGGGUAUUUACCGAGUUGGACGUACCGUAUCAGUACUCCAGAGCCCUCCACCAGGACGUGACAAAGAGUUCCCGCGGUUGGACAAGCCAGCUUUCUGGCGAGGGAUUUCUAUGGACCCUGCUUUCCAUAUGGAAACAUGCGGUCGUCAACAACCAGUAUUUCCGGGCACUAGACACCGGUAAUUAUGAUGACACAGCUGCACUGCUGAAUGGCCGGGUGGCAGUCUCAGUCUGUGUAUCGAGGAGCGUUAAAGACAAGAUUAGCACAAUUUCGCGCCUGCUCCAACUUGGGCUGACCCCAAAUCGGUUUGAGGAAGAAUCGGACGGCUUGUCCGAGUCCGCAAAAGGCGAGAUCCAAUGGUGCCUCUUCAAGGCAUUUGCGUCGCGCAUGGUGACUGUCGAGAAGAACGCCGUCCAGGGCCAGGCUGCGGGUUGGGCCGCAUAUAAGCCACCACACAGCUCGAGUUUCGUCGAUGUUAAACCUCGCAUGGCAGUCCUACCGCAUCCAAAAAUCUUUGGUCUAGUUGACUUCAAGCGCGUCGAGGCGAUGGAUCCCAAGAGUGAGACGCUCUUCGGUCUCAGUAUGGACCGUGCUUUUGCCGAGGACGGCCAGGUGUUGGUCUCGGACUGGACGUACAUCCCGCGCAGCGUUGUCUAUCGAUGGGGCCGCGAGUGUGCCGGGGGGCAGGCCAUUAGCGCGCUAGAAACGAAAUGUUUCCUCCACCGGGAUCCGUUCCAGCUGCAAGAUCGAGGGGGUGUUGACGGCGGCGCAACGCGCGAUUAA